UCUGCAUUCCCCUUGUCUAACUUUAUGGUUCAUCUUAACAGACUAAGAGAUGAGAAGAAACAGAAACACAUCACUGGACACUGUGGUGACAGAGUUCCUUCUCCUGGGCUUGGCUCACCCCCCAACUCUAAGAACCUUCCUCUUCCUGGUCUUCUUCCUCAUUUACAUCCUCACACAGCUGGGGAACCUGCUCAUUCUGCUCACUGUGUGGGCUGACCCCAAGCUGCAUGCCCGCCCUAUGUACAUUCUUCUGGGUGUGCUCUCUUUCCUGGACAUGUGGCUCUCCUCAGUCAUUGUUCCUCGACUUAUAUUAAACUUCACUCCCGCCAGCAAGGCUAUAGCAUUUGGUGGCUGUGUAGCUCAACUAUAUUUUUUCCACUUCCUAGGCAGCACCCAGUGCUUCCUCUACACUUUGAUGGCCUAUGACAGGUACCUGGCAAUAUGCCAGCCUCUUCGCUACCCAGUGCUCAUGAAUGGGAAGUUAUGCACAAUCCUAGUGGCUGGAGCUUGGGUGGCUGGCUCCAUCCAUGGGUCUAUUCAAACCACUCUGACCUUCCGAUUACCAUACUGUGGGCCCAACCAAAUAGAUUAUUUUAUCUGCGACAUUCCUGCAGUGCUGAGACUGGCCUGUGCUGAUACAACGAUCAAUGAACUGGUGACCUUUGUAGACAUUGGGGUAGUGGCUGCCAGUUGCUUCAUGCUGAUUCUGCUCUCCUAUGCCAACAUAGUUCAUGCCAUCCUGAAGAUACGCACUGCUGAUGGCAGGAGACGUGCCUUCUCCACCUGUGGCUCCCACCUCACUGUGGUCACAGUCUACUAUGUCCCCUGUAUUUUCAUCUACCUUCGAGCAGGAUCCAAGAGUCCCUUGGAUGGAGCAGUUGCUGUAUUUUACACUGUUGUCACUCCAUUACUGAAUCCCCUCAUCUACACCCUGAGGAACCAGGAAGUGAAGUCUGCCCUGAAGAGGCUAAGAGUAGGUAGAGGGAAUGUGGGUGGAGAUAAGUAGCCAGUGGCUCAGCGACCA